UGUCCACAUUUCCACAGCGGUCCGACACAGAGACGCUUUCCAGUCGAGCUCCGUGGACCAAAAAUAAAUAAAUAAAAAAAAUCCCAAGCAGAGAGCCUCUGAUUUCUGGCCUCUUUGGUGGGGGAGGGAAUAAAGAAAGGCUCCUAAAAGAUCCCCAGGACCUGGUUUGUUGGCUCUUGGUUCCUGCGGACGCCUGGAACAGCUGAGGGGAUCUAAGUUAUUUCCAGCCGAGCGGAUCAGGAGCGCCUGGAGAGAUGGGUCCAGUCCCGGCGAUAUCUGCCCUGCUUUUGGGCAUCGUGGUUCCAGCCCUGGCCGGGUACAUGGAGGCUCUGGCUGCCAACGCGGGCGCCGGGUUCGCCGUGGCCGAGCCACAGGUGGCCAUGUUCUGUGGCAAACUCAACAUGCACGUGGACGUUCAGACCGGCCGCUGGGAGCCCGACCCGUCGGGGACCAAAAGCUGCGUAGGAACCAAGGAGGGCGUGCUGCAGUACUGCCAGGAGAUGUAUCCAGAGCUCAAAAUCACCAACGUAGUGGAAGCCAACGAGCCUGUCCGCAUCCAGAACUGGUGCAAGAAGAAGAAGGCGUGCAAAGGCCACGCCCACAUGGUGGUCCCCUACAUGUGCUUGGUGGGCGAGUUUGUGAGUGACGUUCUCCUGGUCCCGGAGAAGUGCAAGUUCUUCCACAAAGAGCGUAUGGACAUGUGCGUCAGCCACCAGCAGUGGCACGGCGUGGCCAAGGAGGCCUGCUCCAGGAGCUCCAUGGUGCUCCACAGCUACGGCAUGCUGCUGCCCUGCGACAUCGACAAGUUCCACGGCACGGAGUACGUGUGCUGCCCCGCCUCCCGCUCGGGGGAGUCCGCCCCCUCCUCCCUGCCCUCCCAGGAGGAUGACGACGACGAAGACGAGCAGGUAGAGAACGAGGACGUCGACCUGGGAGACGACGAGGCUCUGGAGGAGAGUGAGACCCCAGUCGAGGAGGAACCCACGCAGAAGGAGGAGCCUGUGGACGAAGAUGAGGAUCAGGAGGAGGAAGACGAGGAGCCGUACCACUACGUGUAUGACGAUGAGGAAGAGGAGGAGGACGGGGACGACGAGGGGCAGAAGAAAGAAAGCGACAAAGCAUCAGAGAAACCUGAUGAGGAAAAGAUUUUAGAAGAAGUAAAAGCCGUCUGCACCCUGGAGGCUGAGACGGGCCCCUGCCGCGCCUCCAUGCCUCGCUGGCACUUCGACGUCAGCCAGAGGAAGUGUGUGCGCUUCAUAUACGGGGGCUGCGCCGGCAACCGCAACAAUUUCGACUCGGAGGAGUACUGCAUGGCCGUGUGCAAGCGCCUGACCGUGCCGCCGACUCCUCAGCCCACCGACGACGUGGACAUCUACUUUGAGACGCCGGCCGACGACAAGGAGCACAGCCGCUUCCAGAAAGCCAAGGAGCAGCUGGAGAUCAGGCACCGUAACCGCAUGGAGAGGGUGCGAAAAGAGUGGGAAGAGGCUGAUCGGCAGGCUAAGAACCUUCCCAAGGCUGAGAGGCAGACUCUGAUCCAGCACUUCCAGGCUAUGGUGGAGUCCCUGGAGGAGGAGGCUGCCAGCGAGAAGCAGCAGCUGGUGGAGACGCACCUUUCCCGAGUGGAGGCCAUGCUGAACGACCGUCGCCGCGUGGCGCUGGAGAACUACCUGGCUGCCCUGCAGGCCGACCCCCCCAGGCCCCACCGUGUCCUGCAAGCGCUGAGGAAGUACGUCCGUGCAGAGAACAAGGACCGCCAGCACACCAUCAGCCACUACCAGCACGCCCUGGCUGUGGACCCAGAAAAGGCAGCACAGAUUAAGUCUCAGGUGAUGACCCACCUGCGGGUGAUCGAGGAGAGGAUGAACCAGAGUCUGUCUCUACUCUACAAAGUACCUAACGUGGCCGAGGAGAUUCAGGAUGAAAUUGACGAGCUGCUCCAGGAGAAGAAGGCCGACAUGGACCAGUUCAUGUCCUCCAUCUCCGAAUCACAGCCCGACGUCACCGUGUCGUCGGAGGAGAACGUGGAAGUCCCCGUCUCCGAGGGCAAACCCUACCGACCCAUCCAGGUCACGUCUCUGGGGUCCCGCUCAGAGCCAGAAGGCGACCUAUCAGACUCCCCACGUGCCUUCAAGAAAGGCUCCGCCAUGGCUGGUCUGGACGGUCUGAUCGGCGCCGAGGAGAGGAUCAUCAACGGCAAGCCCAAGAUGGGAGAGAAAGUGGUGAUUGAUGAGUCUCUGGAUGUUAAGGAAGUGGUUUACAGUGCUGAGAGAGUCAGCGUUAUGCAUGGUGAUGAGCUGGAGUCCUACCGCCCCCUGGGAGAGGACUUCAGCUUCAGCAGCACGGCACUGAUUGGGCUGCUGGUGAUCGCCGUGGCCAUAGCAACUGUGAUUGUGAUCAGCCUGGUGCUGCUGAGGAAAAGGCAGUACGGCACCAUCAGCCACGGCAUCGUGGAGGUGGACCCCAUGCUGACGCCAGAGGAGCGACACCUAAACAAGAUGCAGAACCACGGCUACGAAAACCCCACCUAUAAAUACCUGGAGCAGAUGCAGAUCUAGCCCGAGCCUGAGGGGGGCGCCGUGGAACCUGGCCGUCUUCGGCAGGGGGAACAUACUACUGACCAAUAACACAUGAUGCUAUUGUUAAAAAUCCUUUGCAUACAUCCAAACUCCAUUUACUGGUUUGUUAAAAAACAAUCCUUAAGUAGGCCUAAUGCUACUACUUCUACUACUGCUACUGUUGUACUAUAGAGCUCUUUUUGAUCACGUGUCCGAUGUUUCUGCCAGGUCGCAAAGUAGAAAAUGAUUUAUCUGUAAUUAUCGAGACAGAUUAAGAUGUAUAACAUUUCUUCUGACAUUUUUAUUGUGUGAAAAGCAAAUCAAACUAAUGUUUUUUUUUUUAGUUAUCAAACUGGCUCUACAUAUAGUUUUUCCAUCAUGCAGACUCUGAUGGGUUUCCUCAAAUAAUUGGUGUUUCAAUGUGUUUUUAAUCUCAAUAGAUUGCUUGUAUAUGAAGGUUGUUUGUACCAAUCAAAAUAUUCAGUGGGGGGAAAAAAAACAAAUGGGGGGGUGGGGGAGAAUAAAUUCAGGAUUUUUUUCUUUGCUUUGUUAUAAUAACAAAAUACAUAAAAUGUUUUAAUAUACAUGAGUAUACAUAAAAAUUUGAUGUUUUUAUUCACAUUUUUCCCAAAGGAAGAGAUUAUAGAAUGGUUUGGGUUUUUAUUUUUGUAUUUGUUUUGUUUGGUGGUUACAAAUGUUUGCAGGCAUUGGUGAGGGUGAUGAUCUGCACAGACCCCCAGCUCAAACACAUCUCCCAAAAAA